AAGUGGCUACAAUCUUUGCAGCACACAGACCGAUGAAGUUUCGAAAUUUUAUGUUGUUGCUAUUUGUUAGAGAUUUGUGUAACACAAAUAGACCGAGGCAGUGAAUUGUCGCCCUUCGUCGUUGAACGUUUAUGCAUGUGGACGGGCAAAGUGGACGUAGAAGCAUCUGACACAGCUGACACUAAAGUUGCGGUAGCUGUAAUUGUUUUUUUUUUACACAUUUGCGUCUUGUUUUUGGUUUUUCAAUGCCAUUGACGCACUCGUGCUUGCAGGGACGUUCCAAAAAGCCCAAUAAAAAUAAUAUUGUGCACAAGUGUAAAAGUUGCUGAUUUGUGGCUAAUCAACCAACCGAUCAACUAACCCGAGAACUUACCGAACCGGAUAGCACCAAAAAACAGUCCAACAUCACUCAACUGCACUGCACGACAUCCAAUGUUCGCAAAGCUCUCCCGCAGUACUCCAAUCAAUUCCUCAAAAGUCGUCGUAUGGGUAUUUUAAAAAUGUAUCAAAAAAGUUGCUGAAGGAAAAAGGGGCAUCAGCUGUCGUUAAACGUGCCGUUUUUGAAAUGUAAAUCAAAUAAAAUUCAUACACGGCGAACUCGUCUGGCAAAAAAUAUCUCCGAGCCUGACGCGCGAAAAGCUAACGAACUUUGUGAUAUCACCGACAACAACAGCGACAGUAGGAACAAAAAAUUUGCUUGUAGCAGAGCAAAACAAAAUAAAUACUAUAUAAAACACGGAGAGCUACCACCCACGAGCACACACGCAAACUAACGCACUUACAAAUCCAUAAGCGAGCGAAUAGCCACAAAGGCAUCGUCAUACAUCACCCAGCGACAUCAAGAUUCACGUCCACCCACCUUUCACAUUGGCACACACACAUAUUUGCAUCCUAAAGGCAGCACCUAUAUUUUGUUGUUGUAACUCCUAGUGAUAAGAACGUACGCACAAAGUAGAAUAUACAGAGCAAAGGAGGAACGAAGCAAGGCAGCCAACGUUGCAGAAAGAGUCAGUAGAGAGCAAGUAUAUUAGUAAAAUAAAUCAAGGAAAACACAGGGAAGCGUAUCGCACCUAGUUAAUUAAUUUAUUUAUUAUAACAUUUUAAGUAAGCGUGAAAAUUUGUUCAGCACUGUGCUGCACGUAGUAUUUACCAAGAUACCUGCACGUUUUCUCUCAGCUUGCCAAAAAGUAAAAUAUUUAAAAACAAAAAACAAAAAGGCAAAUUUCCUGCGUGUGUUUCUGUGUGUUUGCCUAUGAAUAUUUAACCAACGAUAUGACAUCAUAUGCUACCGCAAAUGAUUCUAACACCACAGUAGCAACAACAGCAACAAUGGAAAACGCAAAUGUGGCGAACGCUAGCACAACAAUAGCGAGCCAACCGUCAACUGCUUCAGUCGCGAAUACAAGCGCAGGUGCGGAGAAUGUCGAUGGUACGCGCAACUUUCACACAACUAUUGAACGUUCAUUAUAUGAAAGUCCAACAACACCAACAACGUAUGACUGUGAUGUGCCGCUCAAAUUAGGCGAGACAACGCUGCAGCAACAACAGCCACAGCAAGAUCAGCAAGCGUUAGAUACACCAACGAGCAAUUGUUGCACUGACUAUGAUUGUGAUUCGUUUUCGGACGGGCACGAGAAGACCGAUACAACACCGGAAAAUCUGAAGAAGAUUGAUGAUGUCAUUGAACAGCGGCAGUAUCAGCAACAGUUAAAAAACCGCUCAUCCUCGCAUUAUCUUAGCAAUUCGCAAGCAAUGGCAUCCAGCGCUACCGAUUGCGAUAGAGACAUUGUUGGUGCUGGCAGUGGUGGUUAUGGAGUUGGGCUCGCCGUGGCAGUUGAUGACUCAAAUGCAAAAAUUUGCUUUGGCAAACCGCUUUGCAGUGAAAAAGAUAUGUUAAGCAAAAGCGAACGCAUAGAAAGCCAUGGCCGCAGCAUCGAUAGUUCGACUGUCGAUUUGGGCAAAAUUAAACUCAGUGCGGACGGUAACGGCAGUGACAGUGGUUGCAUUACGCCGUCCACUAUGUCGGACAUGAAUACGGCGGCGUUGAUCGCUGGCGGUGCAGACAAUAGCGAAUCGUUGCCACACGACGAUGAUUCAUCAGCUUCGAAUGCAACUAAUACCACGACAACAGCAACAACCAAUAAGCAGUCGUAUGCUUUUACAAUCGAUAAUUUCAAUGAUAGUGGCUGUGAUCCGGAAGCUGCUAAAGCGCGUUACAAAAGCAUGAUGGAGCGUUUUCAGAGUCGUCAUCGGCGUGGCGCCUCCAUGUCAAAGCUGGAAGCUGGUGAUGCUACCAACAAAGGAACCACAAUGACUAGCUCGAUAUCUGCCACACCGCUCAGUGGCAAUGCCAGCGCCAGUGCACGUCAUGGGCGCAACAGUGGCGGCGUAGCUGAUAACUCAUUCGAUAGUGGUGGCGCUGGAGAUGCACCACCGAAGGUGAAGCUGCGUGUGCGCGAUCGCAGUACGUCUCGUGUACGCGACGCCAGUAAGCGCCAUAGUUGGUCGCCGCGUUCCAGCACACAGGAGUCACAGUUACAAGGGCACGACCAGCAUGCGAUCGCGCAGACGCCAUCGGCAACGCGCGCGAAUGAACGUUCGAGUGCUAUACAGAAGCCGCUGCCGCCAACGCGUAAAAACGUCAGUAAGCAAAAGCCGCCGCCGCUGCAGCUGCCUAAAGGUACUGCCAACCUGGUAGCGAAUCGCACGCAAUUUACGCCGCGUUCUACUGCUAUGCAAUUGGCACUGCAAAAGGUUGACUUCUUGUGCGCUCAACCACCGCUUGCCGAACUGAAAAACUAUAACCUGGAGGCGGAUAAUAUAAGUGAAACGGGCACUUAUACCCUGGAUGGUGAUAACUAUACGGAGGAGCAAAAAGAUCUCAUGAACAUCGACAAGAGCGCGAAACAGGCAUUGAAAGCACAACAGCGUCCAAAGAAUUUGCAGCUCAGCGCUAGUGUGAGCGACGCGGGACCUCAGCUGAGCAACACGAAGAUACCAGUUCAUGCUAAUAGUCGCUCCAAUGUUCUCGAGGUGAACUACUACCACGAUACAGAAAUGGAUCAAGGGCCGCAAUCGCCACGCGCUUACACUGAGCGCGAUCUUAUAUUGGGCUCGCAUGAGUCAGCAGGUGCAUAUUUGGAAAAGAUCAAGUCACGUGUGUUGCGCAAUGCUUCGGCGACGAGGUCCACGGUACCGGUCCAUGGUGACAUAGGGCAGAAAACUCCAACGGAAGAUGAUGGUGAUUUGGGCUGCUUCACUAGUGUGACAACUAGUGGCGUAUUGGCCAAGCAGGGAGCGCUCGAUCCCCGUCCGCGACUAACGCGAAAAUCCGGCUUAUCUACCUCGCAAAUCGACUCGUCGGAAUAUGUGAGCAAUGAGAUGAAAUUAAAGGCGAAUACAGCGAGCGCUUAUUCUGGAGGUGGCUUCACUGAUCAUCAGAAGGCGGAGUAUCGUUUGAAUUUGUUUACAAAUCAAAAGGACAACACACAGGCGAAAUUUGCCGCAACACGUAGUUAUAUCGAGUCGCCGCCGGAAACACCCCCACAUCAUAAAUUAUCCGAUGCAGCGGUGUUGAAGACGGCGCAAACGAAAAACGAUUGGAUACAGGAGUGGGCACGUAAUGCGCGCGCACGCAGCCUCGCUUCAGAAACGUCAAAGACGCGUAUACAUUCGGACGCGUCUCAAGCGGCGUUGAUGACGCGCAGCUACACAUGCGCUUCCGAUACAGCUGCUGCUGAUUCGCUCACCGACGAUAGCAUUUACAAUAAUAAGCAGUGCAUCAGUGCUGCCAAGCUGAAUCGCAGUCUUGCCGAGCGUUACCGUUUGUCGGGUGAGUGUGACUAUUCGAGCGAUCCGACGUUGUCGAGCGGCGCGUACAGCAGCAGCGGUCAGCUGGCCGAGGGCAUUUGCAAGCCACCAAAGAGUCCUUCGAAAAUACCCUCACCACUGCAUUCAAUUGGGCGGACGCGCAGUGCAAGUCGUACGCGUGCGCCGCUACAGAAUGUGCUAUUACAUGGUGGCGUAGGCGAUGAAGAAUCGGAUAUAUAUUUGCAGAAGACAGCGGCUGCUAUAAAUAAUUUGCAGCAAUCAUUGUCUCGUAAGAAUUCGCUUAAAUCGCCGCCAACUACACAUUCUUCAGCGUCACCACGUGCGCACUCGGCACGCUCGCACGCCCAUUCCUCAGCGCUGUACUCGCCGCCAGACGACUGCGGUAGUCCACAGCAUGGUCUGGGUUCGCCCACCUCCGCGGCCAGCGGAAGCGCUUACCAUCACUCGCCGCUGCAUCGGCGCGUCGCUGCGAAUGAUCCAUACGGCCGCAAUGCACAAAAUUUGCAACUGAUGACGAGCAGCUUCAAUGAGCAGCAAUUGAAGUUGCUCACCAGCGGUGAAUACUUGUCAAGGCAAAUGCGUGCGCGCAAGAACUCCUUCGAUGGCAAUAUUGGCAAUUCACCAGCACGUCGCGCGGCCGCAGUGGCAGCGGCAAAUGCGCAGGCACAAGCGCAAGCUGGGCAAAGCGGUCAGGAGUCGCCAUUGCGUCGUUCCAGUUCGUUUUCGGCGAAAAUAGUGACAACGCAGCGCGCGGCGCGUCCACAAUUUUCGAAUAUCUACACACCACCGGCGGCACGACAUAAUUAUUCGCUGGUUGGCGGCGGCGAUGGGCAGUCCGCAGCGGCAGUGGCGGGCAGCAACAGUAGCAUCAUCAAAAAAUCGGCAAGCAGCAAUAAUUUCCGACAAGCAAUCGGUGACUACGAUGAAAAUUUCCAAUAUUACAUCAACGAUGAGGAUGACAUAGGUGAAGAAUAUUAUUCAAGUGGUGCUGAGGAAGUCGAAGAGGAAGAGGAAGACAAUGAGCAUUACUAUCAACACGAGGACGAUGUGCAAGCGGAAGUGGGGAAUACAUCAGCUGUACCACUGUCGAAUACUCGUCUCAACAAGGCGCUACUGAUGCGUAUCGAGCGUAGCAAGCAACGCGUAAGCGGCGGCGUCAGUUCCGGUGCGAGCAAACCAUCUUCAGCGCCUGUGUCGAAGUUGCAACAGCAACAAGGUGGUUCAUGUGGCGUAAUGGCAUGCCCCAACACGCCUGAAUUGCCACGACGUGGCAUACGUAGUGCACCACGGUCUGGCGGCGGUGCCGCUACGGCGCGUCAAUCAGUGCCGCGUGACACCAGUCUCAGUCGCUUAGCAUCGCAGGUACCGAAUUCUUUGGCCUCGGCAAAGAAGCAGUUACUGCAAACCGCCGCCGCAGUGCCAUCGACAACGAAACUGACAAAUCAACGCGUACAACCCAAGUAUUUGGACAUUUCAAAGUACAAGCCGGUGCAGGGCAAUAAUUUUCUACGCAAGAACGAAUCGAAAAGCACAUUAAAGACGUCAACAUUGGCGGGCGAUGUAAUGAAGCGCAGUCCGAGUAGCUCAUCGAUGGGGUUGAGUCGUGCGGAUCCGACACGCACCAGCAAUCGCAGUGUACGCUCGGUGGCCUCGUGCAUGACCACGAGCGGCACUACGCUUGGCGGUGGUGGUGGUGGUGGUGUUGGUGUUGGUCGAGCCUCAUCAGCGGUGCGUAGAGACCAGUCGGUCACUAAACAAAAGGAGGCAGAAAUGGCCAUGUGGAAACGACGUUCCACGUACGAUCCAAUGAAGGCUGCAGCUGAAGAUCGCCGCAAGAAGGAAGAAGCCAAACGCAUGGCGAUCACAAAGAAUAUAGGCGAAAUGCCGUGCGAGAGUGCAACACGUACGCCGCCGCCGCCAUUCAAACAACAACUAUCGCUGGAUGAACAGUGGACCGAAUACGGUGAAGAAGAGUGCGUCUAAGCAAAAUUGAAACAUUUCCAGUAAAAAAAUAACUUUGAGCUAAUUUUAUCAAAAAAAAGGAAAAGAGAAAAGCCGGCGACCAAACUAGCGGCAGCUAAAUUUUGACGGUUUGAAUACGAACAAAUACGCAAAAAAGCUUUGAAAAGUGAUAUAUAGAAUCUACUAUAAAAUAGAAAUGAAAAAGAAAAAAUAUUAUUAAAUAUUGUUUAAUAAAAAAGAAGAAGAAGAAGAACUAUAAACGGUAAUUAUGCGAAUUGAUAAAGCUAAACGAGUGAAAUGUGAAGCGACUAAGAUUGUCUGGCGAGCUGCUGUAUUGGCAAACUGCGAUAUAUGGAGUUAAUGAAUUGAAACGUGGGAAAAUGGAGUAACUGUAGUUAUCAUAUUAUAUAUAUAUAAUACUAUGAAAAAUAAUAAUUAUAUAUUAUCUAAAAUUAUACACAUACAUACGCAACUAUUUUGUUAAAAGCGUACACUUGAUGAGUGGGUAUGCGUGAUAGUAACCUAAACUCACAAACGAGUAAAAAAAUUAUUAACUAACCUACAGAAGGUUGCAAAUAUCGAUGCAAUGUAUUUUUUUUCCAAAACGAAGUAUAGAAGAUGUGUGCAAAAUGAAUGAAGCGAAACUCUAUGAAAAUACUCGACUAAAUUUUUGGUUUUAUAUUAAGUUACGCUGCUAUUAAUUAUAUACAAAUAAUUAUACAAGAAAUAGUCAUGAAUGAGCAUGAGUAGCGACUUGUUUUUAAAUACACUGAAAUAUAAUUAUCACAUAGAUACGAUAUGUAUUACGCAGAUAUGUGCAUGUAUUGUCUAAAUGUAUUGCAUAUGUAUGCAAGUAUAAAUAUAAAUAAAUAAACUAUGUAUUUUUUACUUUAUUGUAAAGCGCUGUAAUAAUAAUUUUUAUAAGUCGUUGCUUUAGUAUUUUAAAAAUAAAUGAACGAAAAUACAUGUAAACAUGAAGCGUUUAAAAAAUGAAGAA